UAUAUCCAGGUCUGAUAGGCAGAAGAAUACCACAUAUACUCACGGUACUCCAUCGGAGGUUGCUGAUGCUUCCCCUGGCUUCUCCCCUCCCAGAACACCAGCCCAGCAGGUCACCUAAGAUAGACUGUCUCCCAGCAAAAUGAAGAGUUGAAAAAUUGAAAGAAAAUGCGAAAGCCAAAACUCGACAAAAUUUACAAGUGCAAGAAUAUGAAAAUUUUGGUUUAAUUAUCUUCUCUCCUUCAAAUACAUCCCACAUUCAAUAUGCCUAACUUACAGGUUGACUACCUAGAAGUGGAGAAUGGGAGAGGGGGAAGCAGGAAUGAAGUUUCGAAAAUUAACAUCGGGGAACCAGAUGAAAUGGGUAUCGGCGGGUUCUGUAUGUGUACACCUCGACUUAUUGCAACUAUAAUACUAAUUAUUCUGACUGGAGGACUAGCCCUGGUUUUCAUCACAUGGAGAAAGGAUAUAAAAAUGUUCUGCUUAUAUACUGCUGUGCCUCUUAGUAGAGCAAGGAAAAUUUUGCUGACGGAUAACUUUGAACAGGUGUUUGAAGAGGAUGUAAUCUGGGUUGGGGAGCGCCCAUCUUAUUUUGUAAACAAAAAAAUUAAAUAUGUUUGGUCGGAGACUGGAGAAACUUUUCAAAAACUAAAGACUAUACAGAUUAUUGAGAUGUACGGAGAUAAUUUGAUCAAAAUCAGUGUUCCACCAAUCCUCUACCUUGUCAUCCAUGAGGGGUUGAACCCGUUCUAUCUGUUCCAAGUGUACACUGUUGUACUGUGGUCCCUGCAGUACUACUGGAAGUUUGCUGUUAUCAUAGCUGUCACAUCUGUCGUAUCAGUAACUGUCUCUGUCUGGGAAACUAGACGGCAAAACCGAAAUCUUCGAGACACAAUGAAAUCCGAAUCCAAAGUACGAGUGGUUCGGGAUAAUAAAGAGAUUGUCCUUUCGAGUGUUGACUUGGUUCCUGGAGAUACUAUUCUUCUACCUGCUACAGGUGGAUACACGAUAGAGUGUGACUCAGUACUGGUGGAAGGUAGUGCUGUCGUUAAUGAAAGUAUGUUAACAGGAGAAUCUAUACCUGUCACUAAGGUUGGUAUACCGGAUGAAAGAGAAGUGUUUAACUACGACUACAACAGACAGUACAUAAUGUUCUGUGGUACAGAGGUGAUGCAGGGUAAAGCCAAGCAAGGAAAUUACAUCAAGGCAGUUGUUAUCAGAACAGGUUUUAUGACAACCAAAGGAGAGCUGGUUAGAGCCAUCUUGUUCCCCCCUCCUCUUGAUUUUAAAUUCUUCAGCGACUUCUUAAAAUCUGUUUACGUUUUCCUAACCCUCGGUCUCAUAGGCAUGGGCUACUCUAUGGCAAUGUGGAUCAGAAACGGGGGAACUAUAUCUGAGAUACUGCUGAACAGUUUGGAUAUUCUAACCUUUGUUGUUCCCCCAAUCCUUCCUGCUGCUCUGACCGCUAACAAUGCAUUCGCUCAGCGACGUCUUCAGAAACGUGGUAUAUUCUGCCUUCAUACAAAACAUAUCAGCUUGUGUGGUGGAAUAGAUGUUGUGGCUUUCGAUAAGACAGGGACAUUGACAGAGGGAGACCUAGAUUUGGCGGGGGUUUGUGAAAUCAAGGAAAACCAGUUCCAGGAAAGUGAGCCUAAUCCUUCCCGGCUACCAACAGACAGUCUUUUAAUCCAAACCAUGGCCUCCUGCCAUUCUUUGAUUAAGAUGAACGGGGAGCUGACCGGCUACCCAAUGGACAUCAAACUGUUCGAAGCAAUUGGCUGGGAAUUAAAAGAGGAGCCCCAUGCUGGACUGAACCCGGAGUAUGGAAUAGCAACUCCUACUCUUGUAUCCCCUCCAAAGAACAUUAGGAGUGGAGGACAAUUAAAGCUGGGAGGGUUUGCCCCGUCAAAUCUUGAAAUAGCUUUACUCAAGCAGUAUCCAUUCGACUCAGCUGUGCAACGAAUGACAGUGGUUGCUAAGAAGAAGGGAAGUUCUAACUACAGUGUGUUCAUCAAGGGGGCUCCGGAGAAAGUUGCUUCUUUAUGUAAACCAGAGACAAUUCCUCAAGGGUUCACCAAUCUGCUUCAGUACUACACAAAGCAGGGGUUUAGAGUAAUUGGAGCAGCUGUAAAUGGGUUAAAGCCUGGGUUAAAGUUGAGUGAGGUUAACGGAUUGUCCCGAUCUGAACUGGAGAUGGGAGCUGAUUUCCUCGGGCUCAUCAUCAUGCAGAACCUGGUCAAGAAGGAAACAUACGGAGCUAUCAAGGAACUCCACGACGCGGAUAUUCAUACAGUGAUGGUAACAGGGGAUAACAUACUCACAGCUAUAAGGAAUCAUGGCUACCUGGACUCUUGCAGCAGUUUCUACUGUUAUAUUCAUGUCUUUAUACAGGACGGAAGAUUUUGCCGAGCGGUUAAAUUUCAAAAUAGCUCCACACUUUGAGUUUCAAGUUAUAGCUGUGAUAGGGAUUUUUGUAAACUUUUGCUUCUGCUACUUGUGGGAGAUCUAUGUUCUGGACGGAUUUCUGUUCCAGAAGGUUCUACCCUGGUACAAGGAUAAUGUACGAGGUCCUAAUCUUGAGUUUGAACACCUUGAGAAGAAACUAGCGAGCAAUCCUAGCUGGCCACCUAUAGGAGAAAUAUCUACCAACAAGGAGAAAGGUUCAACGGAGAAGUACCCCGGCUACCCUCUCCCUGAUGUUGCUGCUAGCAUAAACAGUAAAAGCCAGUUUAGUGUUGAGCCUGUAAGCACACACACUUCAAGAAAAGACAAGUUCUUAAAGAAUCCAACCAAGAACAUGAGAAGAAGGGACUCAGACGGAUCUAAACUUCUCAGUGAAACCUGUGAAAAUCCUGAAUCUACCCCUGUUCAUAUUACAAAAAACCAGAUAUCAGAAAAUCUACCAAUACACACAGCAAUAGAAGAAAUGGCAAAACAACACGAGUCCAAUUUGCUUUCAGAUCCGUUAAAUUUGUCCGGUGACAGGUUGGAGACAGCCUGCUAAACUUCUAUUAGUUCACCAUCUUCAUAAUGUAGACAGCGACAAAAUAUUUCGUUCGUCUUUAAAAUGGAGAAAGAUGUGAAACAGUUUUCCAGCGGUAUAAUGGAAAAAGCCUGCUAAACUUCUUAUAGUUCUCCAUGUUAAAAUAGAGAUAAAUUGAAAGUUUUUCAGUUCUCCAUCGUCAAAAUGGAGACAUCAUGCAAGUACUACAGUUCCCAUGCAUAAAAUGGAGACAGCUAACUAUAAACAUUACAUAUCUCCCGCAAUAUAAUGGAGGCAUCCUGCUAAAUAUCAAAAUUUUUAAAUAGAAUACUGGCGACACACUUUGCAAUUUAUUUAUUGUUCUCCAUCAAAAAUGGAGAAAGUUUAAUAACAUGAAAUUGCUCCAUUACUUUGUUACAUUUUCUGUUACAAAUUUUGAACACUAUUUCCUAAUAGAUUUAAGGGUAUAUUGUUAAUUAUAAAAUAUAAUAUAUAGUUUCUAAGGGUAAAAUUUUACAAUUGUUGGUCAAUCCUUAAUGAUAAGCAUGAUAAUUAUAUAGUUUAUUGGAUAAUGUUUAAUCAUACGUA